GGUGAUGACUGGCUUCGAAUCAUCCUUCGCAGAACAUGAUGUUGAUGGAAAUUUCCUCGUUGUUUUGUGCACUAGUACUGCAUGUUCAAGACUAGCCCUAGGUUUCUUUGCCGCUAGUUUGAUGACCCUGUAUUUCAAGCAUAGACACGUAUAGUUAGGCAUUUGGAAGAGUCACGGCUUUUGGCGAAGGAUGUUGGAGCCAUCCGCUAUGGACAGGGAAAAUGUGCCUCUGGGCAACCCUAAAGAGAAGAAGAAGAGGCGGUCUUCCAUAUUGAAGAAGCGCAGUUCCUCACAAUCCCCAUCCAGGACGCCAUUGUCAGAGUGUGCCCAGGACCGGGCUGAUAGUCCCAGCAGGAAGAAGCGCAACCUGGGCGAACGCCGGGUGAGCUUUUCCAGGGCCCCAGAAGUGCGAGAAUUUGCCCGGGACCAUCAGUCAGACUUCCCACCCAGGAUCAGCCCUCACACGCAACCAAUAGCUGGAAUAGAGUCUCUUCUUGCGGGAAAUCUCAUGCUGAAUCUCGGUGUCAAGCCUUCCCUGAAUGCUCCUGCGAACAACUCAGCCAAGGAUGCUGCUGGUCCGGAUGAGGUCAUAACCGGCGAUGGCGACUUCAUGCUCUUGGAGGAACCCGGUGUUCUAACGCCUGCGGGAGAUUUAAAUGUCACAAUUGCAGGUCCCGUGGAUAUGUCGUUGACCUGUGUUCCUUCAACUUUGGUCACUCACCCGUUCCCGGCAACUUCAUCAGUGCCAACUGAGGAUCACGACAUGAGCUUGACAGAGGUGUGUUUGGCGGAACCCACUCAAAACGCUGCCAGGCCUCGCUGGGGAGAGGCAACCUGUAAUUCUGCUGAGGACAUGGAGACGACUUGUGUCCAGUUUCCCAAUGCCGGUGACGAUGAUGAUGAUGAUGCAGUUAAUGCUGAUGCUGACAACAGCCGCUCGGACAUGGAGAUGACGUGCAAUGCACUGGACGCUACGUGUAGGCAAAUUGAUGAGAGCGAACCGGGGGAUUCACCUGAAUCAGACCCAGCCGAUCUUAAUCACGUUCUUGGUUUCAUCGAGUCUCUGAAGCCAGCUUCCCAGCCUAGACAGAAGAAUGAGGAGAGGGCUUCAAAGAGUGAUGCGGUGGAGCAUGCAUUGCAGAGUAAUCAAAUUCUAGAGCAAUCGCUGGGUACCGAGCCUAGCCCUGCAAGUCAGUACAGAGGCAUUGCUCCCAACAAUGCUACAAUGACAUGCAUGGAUCAUGUGGAUAUGAGUGAAGAUUUGAGCGCUGACGUCCCUGCACCAGUGUGCGCCGUAGCUGGUACGGGGGCAUCGCUGAACUUGGAUAUGAUGUCACUAAGUGACGCUGCAUCCAGAGGUCAACAAGCGAACACAGCGGCCGGACAAUCCCGUAGCGACGAUAGCCCGGUGGCGUCGGACGACCAGGUGCAGGAAAGUGCUGUUGCCACUCCGCACAAAACAAGGGCUGGCGGCGUCCCGUCGGCGUUUGGCGGCCUUGACGAGACGGCGUAUGGGCUGGCUGCCUCUACACCAGUGGCUGGUGGUACCAUGGGUAUGUUGCAGUCGCUCGACGAGACACUCAUUCGGCCUGUGGAUAAGCUGCCCAUCCCGCUCGACGACGACGACGUGCAGUCGACUACAUCAGAUGUGGCCACUGAUAGCGAACAGAGCGUCACCGAGGAACAGGAGCCAGUGGGACCCGUGUCUGUGGAACCCGUGGAGGAGGUAGAAGUUGAGGCGGAAAUAGCGACAGACGAUCGCUCCCUGCUACCUGCAGCCUCUUGUGUGGCCGAUACUCUUUUAGCGCAGCCGGAGCCGGGUACUGGGAUAGAGAAUGAAGAGCCGCCUUCGUUCCUGGAUGCCAGUGAGCUGGCAGCAGCAGCAGCGCAACAAGUACACCCAGUAGCCACAGUGGUGCCAGAGCUCACUGCCACAUCCCCGGCACGCUCUCCAUCACCACCUAUGCCUUCACCACAGGCACCAGCUGUGCCAAUGGCGAAUCUCGGUGAGCUGCUGGUUCGGCAUGCUGAGGCAAGCUCCGUUUACUGUGAGUUUCCUGAGGAUUUAGUGCCCACUACGCCAUACGAACAGUGGACAUGCGCGGAGAAGUUGUUCUGCACCUUUGCUGGCAAGCCACUGCACGAGAUCCUGGAAUACGGCACGCGAGAGUUCCAGGAAGUGAACAGCAAGCUUCUUGAACGGUUAUUGUCGUCUGACAACUGUAACAUCGACAGUCACAUCAUGCCGGAGGAUGUGGCUGAUGCACAUGCGUCUUACAUUGUUGGCAAGGCUGAGCUGGAGGCCUCUGCCUUCCAAGCUAAGUUGCUCAAUCGCUACUCACAGCAGUUGAGGACCAGCCAGCAACGCCUGGAUACGCUGAUGCAGUCGCUCUCGGUGCAGUGCGAGGAGAUCGAUAAGGGCUUGCAGUUGCUAGAUGCAGCAUCAAGCGAGGUAGAGGAUGCGUGCCAGUGGUUGCGUCGGAGUCAAAUUUCCGAGGAAGAGCUCCAGGCCCAAGAUCAGCUUAUAUCGGAGGUGAAGGAGAAGCAUUCGCUCCUGGUGGAGGCCCGUGACGAGCUGGAAAAAUGUGAGCUUGACCGAGCACGGUUAAUCAAUGAGAAAGACCAACUGCAACAGCAAGCAACAUCGAGUGAGGCGGCCUUGGUUCGGCUUGCUGAAGACAAGAAGAAGCUCGUGGACUCGAAAGCGGAAGUUGAUGAUGAGCUGGAGGAGGCAGCCUGGCGGCUCAAUAGCACCUGCAGGCUUCAAGAGUGGCGCUUAAUGUACAAAACUUCCCAGCAGGCAAAGGUUUCAUUUCUUUGUGACACCGUCGUGGUGUGCAUGGAUCUGCAACAGCCAACAACAAUGGACGGAGUGACGACGGUCACUACCAUCAACUUUGAGGAUCAGCCUGGAUCGCCUUCGGACAUUUGGGAGGAGGACUGGUCCGAUUUUGCAGCGGUGCUAUUUCUCGACUCUGUGGAGGCACUCCAGGAAUCAAUUGUGCAGUGUCAGACUAUUGAUAAGGUGCUGGAUCUGCUAUCGCCGCUUGCCACUGCGGCACGCAUGCUAGUGGAACAGUGCUGGACGGCAUCGCUGCAUCACACAGCCACACGCGACCUGGACAAGAGGAGUGUCACAUUCCUCUUUGGAGAGUUCAAACCACUGCACCGUUUCUUGGUAACAUUUCAAUUGCCGUGCAGUGUCCACGAAAAACCUGUGCUCAGUGAACUGGUCUCAGUUACGUACAGUUUUGGAAGCAUUCAGCCCAAGGAUGUUCACCGGUGUAUUUCAACCCUAUCAGGAACAGGGGAACGCUGGCUGUUGAGCGCAAUGUCCAGUAUACAUGCAUUGUCUACUGGUAGACCACUUCCCUGGUUUGAUAAUUCCACGUGAGACCCUUUGUUCAGACUCCCGACUGUACUGCGCUCCUUGAGUAUUUUUCUUACCACUAUCCAGUAUCUUGUUUCAUAGCUUAUCACCUAGGCCCCUGAUUUUUACUUAGUAUUCCUGUUGUUUAUUUGAUGGCUCGUGAAGGUAUGUCCGUGCAUGCGUCCGUGCAUGCGUGUGUGUGUGUGUGUGCGUGUGCGUGUGUAUGCACCCUCCCUGAAUGUUACGGUAUGCACUGCUAUUUUCUGUGUACAGUUGAUAUGCUGAAUGUUUGCUCCUUUUUGUUGUUCCUAUUUUACGAUUAUUCUCCUGCUUUUGAUGUGUUGAUGUUCCCAAUAUUCUGGCAAUUGUAUUUUAGUUUUAUUCAUUUCUUAGGGCCAAGUGUUUUGCGUCAGUUGUGUUGUCCUCAUUCUCAUUACAUAGUAAUAGUCUACGCACACAACAGAGGCGAAAGGUUGUGUACAUAGCUGUAACUUUAAAAGGUUCACGCUUUUCAGCGAUCAUCAGACAGACAGCAGCAUUUGCCUAAUAGUCUACAUGUACAGGCAAGCUUGUUCUGUCCUCUACUGCCAGCUCUGCAACCUAACCUGUCAAGGCUUGUCUGCUUGUAGUCACUAUUGUCUUACGUAUACAUCUACAUGUAUUAUGUAUAUGAUGACAAUGCAUCGUUUGAUCUUCAAUGUA